UAAAAAAAGAUGGCAUACAAGGGCGAAAUUAUCACCAGACCGUCAAAGACACUGUGAAUAUUACAUGGAAUAGUGAGCAUCUGCAGUUUCAAGCAAUUAUUACGUAAAUGGGAUGGAUGUGUUAGCACAAUGACUGAAGGUUACUCAACAAGAGAAGCACUGUCAGUUCUGUAUGAAGAGCUCACCCUAGAGGUGGACAAGUAUGAGGAGGAGACUAACAUCAGGAAGUGGAGGAGUUAUCUGUCCCUGUUCCAUCAUACCCACAUCAAGUCUGCCUUCCACUGGACAAGUCUGGUGCUUUUGCUGGGCCUCUGUAUUGCUCUCUUCAUUGCAUUUAUCAUCGCCAAUGUUAAUGAUGAAGGCAUUAGUGGACAUGGAUGGUGGAUGGCUGAAAUAGUGGUCAUCCUAUUAACAGUGGCAACCAACAUCUGUUUCAACAUUUGGAAUGGCAAGAGAGCCCACGAAGAACUCAUAUAUGUCACCCGACUGUCCCUAAGAAAACUAGAAGAAUGUAUAGACAACAACACUUGGAACAGCAGUAACUACCCAACCCUGCACGCCCCCAUCUCUCCCUGUGUCUCCCUCCAGUGGACCAUCCGCGACAAGGAGGUUGUAAACCUGCCCACCACCCUGCUGGUACAGGGUGACAUCAUACUCCUUAGGCCUGGCCAGGAGGCUCCAGCUGAGUGUCGAGAGGUCGAGGAGUCCAGUGAGGGGCAGGACACUAUUCUGAAGAAGGGAGAUGUGUACUCACCUCAGGGCGAGGAAUUCACAGAAGAGAUUAAGGAUCCUCAUGGCAAAUCACCCCUCACUUCGAAACAGUUUGUACUUCAGGAAACUCCCUUCAUCAAACAUAUCAGACUUAUUCUAGAAGACAGUGUAAAGAGACCAGUCAGUAACACAGAAAAGGUGCGCUAUAUCAUCUGUUCAAAGUGGCUAGAGCACAGAAUUCUGUCUGUUGUGGUGAUUUUGGUGUUGAUCACCAAUGUUGUGCGCUUGGUGUAUCUCAAAGGUCACUCUGGACAUUGGGCAGAAAUGAUCCUCAUCUUGCCUAGUCACACCCUGCUCCCAUUACUUCCCUUACUGUUCCCUCUGGCCUGGCGUCUCCUCAACUUCUACGGCCAGGCACGGGUCUUUGCUGUAUUCAGUGUUUCCAAGGAUACAAAGGUUACCUGUGAGGACAGCUUCAGCACCAACAGUACCAUAUCUGUGGAUGAGGCAAGAGUGAACAUGGACUGGACACUGGUCAGAGACUGGUUCUGGCUUGUGUUAUCUGGUCGUGCCCCUGCACCCACACGACGAGUCAACAUCUCCCAUAUCCUUGGCUCUGUCACCUCCCUGUGCUGUGUUGACAAGAAGGGCCUGUUGUCCUGGCCAAACCCGAGCGCUGAGAAAGUCUUUUUUCUGUCCUCAUACAACAAGGACAACCCGACUAUGGAUCUUUCAUCCUCUGACACUGACAAGAAAAAGGAGGGAAAUGACACCAAGCCUGCCCUCAUCAAAGCCUACGAAUCUCCAAGCCAUGUAGAAGUCCUGGACCUGACUCAUGACAGCAAGAAUGUGUUUGGGCUGCGGUUUGAUGAUCCUACUUGGAAGAACCAUAUGAACUCUCUGAAGCCCCUGGGCCUGAACAUUCUGCUGAACACCUGUAAUGCUAAGACGGUGGAGUGGUACACCCAGUUCACUGACCAUGUGUCAUCUGAGGCACUGGAGAACGAGGAAACAGUUGCUGUGGUUAACAGGAGAUGUCUCUGUGAAUUGGCCAGACAGAUCGGUUUCUCAGAAAAAGCCAUGGACAUCUUCACUUUAGAACGUAUACUGGGCAUGUAUAAACAUGUGCAUCCUGAUGAGUCGGCCAAGGAGAGACUACACAGGGCCAAGUCUUUCAUACAACACAAGAUCCCAAUGCCCAACCUGGUUUCUGUUGUCGUCAGGGAGAAAGCCUCAGGUUUAGGCCAGGUAUUAUCCCAGGGUACUGCUGACCUGCUGCUGGGAUGCUGUAGUGACUACUGGGAUGGAGAAGAUAUCAGCAUCCUCACAGAGAAUGACAGGAAGAAGAUCCUGGACUUCUACCACCGGACUAGCAUGGCAUCGUACUGUACAGCAUUCUCCUACCGUCCACUCACCCAACACAUCUCCCCUCACUUAGAUAACCUGUACAUACAGCUGUCACAUUGUGGCGAAGUCAUCUUCAACUCCUGCAGCGAGACACCAAGGAACUCCAAUACGGAUUCCAAUGUGGACUUAGUGCAUGAGACACGCCUGCUGAGUGACAGUUCACGUGCAUUCAGUGUAGACUCCCUGUUUGACACGACCAGCAUCUCCUCCAUAGAGGAUAUUCCUGGCUGUUGUCAAGCCCAAAACAACCAGAUAUUCAUAGGAAUGGUAUCUAUGCAGUACCAGGCAAGACAGGAAGUUGUGCAACUAAUUGAAAAACUGGAAGUGGCCUGCAUCAGAUUCGUUCACUUCUCUCAGGAGAAUGAAGUGAGGAGUAGGGUUUUUGCAGAGAAGAUGGGUCUAGAAGCUGGAUGGAACUGUCACAUAUCCAUGUUGUCUGAUCCUGCCCUCAAGGGGGAAACAGUGGCUUCAUCUGCAGCUGACCUGCCACACCGCGUGUCUCGUUACUCCAGCAGGAACUCGUCCGACACAGUCGCCAAGGAUACAAACAUGGUGUCCUCCAACUACAAACAUUCCCAGGAUUCCAUGCACUCGCGCUGUCAGAGUGCUCCCAGCAUUGUCAACUUAAACUCCUCUCAAGUAAGAUUUGAGAUGACAACUGAUACAUCCAGUAGUGAACCCCGGUCUCCUCGAGUGUAUAUAGGGGAGAGAACUCCGUUAACAACAGAUGGGGAAGAUGAGGACGAAGUUCUGUUUACAAACACAGAGCUGUCCAAGAGCUACAGUAGCCAGUGUAAUACAAACCAGGACCUUGACAACAUCACAGACAUAGAGAGUCGUCAUGCGUCUAGUUACUUUACAGAGAAUACAGACAGUCUUACUGGGGCCUUGGACAACAGGGCUAAACUUCCUCGGGGUAUAGAGAACAUUCGACCUCAUUUACAGACUGUUGAUAAUGUCCCCCUUCUAGUCAACUUAUUCACAGACUGUACAUCUGAAACAACACAGGAGAUGAUGAAGAUCAUGCAGGAGUUCGGGGAGGUGGUGAUGUGUGUCGGCAGCUCAAACAACAUCAACAAUACUGCCAUUUUCCUACAGGCUGAUUGUAGCCUGGCCCUGGAGCCCCUAUACCCCCAGGUGUGUGCUGUGGACUCUAUGAUGACCAAGCCCUGGAAGGAGGACCAGCUUACUCCUAUGCAGCUGGCCAGUACCCUCAUCAGCAUUCCAUGCCCUCUGACUUUUAGGAAGGAGGACAACAUCAGUCUCAUCAAGCUCAUUGCAGAGGCACGAUCAUUUCUGAUGAGCAGCCGGAACUGCUUUUACCUGAUGUUGUGUUACCACCUGACCGUGAGCCUGGUCCAGCUGCUGGGCAGCAUGGUGUUGCUGCCCCCUGUCCUUGCCUCUCAACAUCUUCUCUGGAUUCUCUUCAUUGUCAUCCCAUUCCUCUCCUUAAGCAUGAUGGGAUUGCCCGUCGAUCCUCGUGUGAUGAACAAUGCUACCACACACAACUCUGAGUAUAUAACCAAGGAUGUGGUGCAGCAGUUCCUGCUAUAUUUCGUGACGAGAUUUGUACCAGCGGGCCUGGUCUGUCUCCUGUGUUAUGCCCUUACCCUCCACUCUUUCUGUGCUGGGGAUCACACCCCCCAACCUUCCUGUGCAAUCUACGUUUUUGGUACCAAUAGCAGUGACCAACUGUGGUAUGACAAGUAUUCCGGGGGCCUGGUGCUCGCCCAAAAUGUCUUCACCUUUUAUCUCGUCUUUUACUUUGUUGUGAUAUCUGUGAGUUUUGUCCACUGGUCAGACCACAUCUGGCAGCAGAACCCCCUCACUAACCGUCUGUGGGUGUGUACUGUCCUACUGCUAAUGUGUGGCCAGGUGGUGCUGUUUGUCUGUGAUAUGUCUAUAAGAGGAGCAGGUCAGCACCGACUUAUGUCUCUAGCCAGUGUCCAUCCGGCCGUAUGGGGUGUCGGCUUUAGCUUCCCUCUGGUCAUCCUUCUCAUCAACGAACUGGUUAAACGGCAUGAGGUCAAACUGUACUCUCGAUACCAGAAACGCACACGGCUCAACUUUGGUACAAAGCUUGGCAUGAAUUCACCAUUUUGAUAAGAUUUGUUGUUAAUGAAUGCAUCUUUCAACUUGUUAAAUACUUAACAAUGGAACAGCACAGAAACUGACUUGUGUAUUGGAAACUUGAGACAGCAUCAGGCUUAUGGUAGAUAUUGUGAAGCCACCUAGCGAUAUCAGCAAGGUUUUGUUGAUGGACCGACGUCAGCAGCCCACUACCAGAUGCUGGAAACAGACACAAACCAUGUUUUGUUGGUUAUUACAGGCAGGCUUAUUGGUCACUGUAUCCAAAUCGUCUCACUCAUUUAGUGUUAAAUCAUCUACUGCCCUAUAUUAACAGUGUCAGACCUUGGAACUGAUAAUGCAUGACCUUACAAACUGAACCAUGCCCGCAUCUUUUCCACCGGACUGCUAUAACUGUAUUAAUAUGACUUGUUCAGUCUGCAAUUGGAUGACCUUAUAAAACUUCAAACUCAAAGCUUAUAAAUGUAUUGAACUCAGAUUUAGAUUACAAUCUAUGUGAGGUACAUAAGACCAUUAUACUGUAGUUUUAAAGGGCAAUAGUUAAUGUUUACCACAAAUCAAUAUGAUAUCAUUGACAAAUUGAUACUUAAGGGUCAAUGUAUUACCAGGUACUUCGUUUAAUACAGAUGCUGUAAUCUAAGAUGCACCACAAAUUGUAGGUAGAGCAAGGUGUCGAAUCAAAACACUGUCUUAAUGAUGGUAAGUCUGUCUUUAACAUUAUAAGCAUUAUAGGCCAUUAUUCAGGAGAGGGCUUGUAUAGGCAUUACGCCUGUUGCCCAAUUCCUUUUGAAUUUGUAUAUGCUACAAUAUUCAAUAAAAUCUUUGUGAAAUUGUAAAACAGGCCCAUAUUAAAUUGAUUCAAUAAAAGAUAAUCUGGAAAUCUGCCCUUCCUGUGCAAAUCGUUCACUUCUUGUCAAUCUUGCUCACUUCUUGUACACAGUGUUAACUUCCUGUACACAGUGUUAACUUCCUGUACACAGUGUUAACUUCCUGUACACAGUGUUAACUUCCUGUACACAGUGUUAACUUCCUGUGCACAUGGAUUAAAUUCUAGUACUGUUCUAUAAUCUUAGAGCUAACCUUGCUGGGCUUUCUCCAGCUAAGUGCGGUACCUUGUACUUGACUUGAGAUUUGAUGAUGAUGUAAUCAUUGACUUGAGAUUCGAGAGAUGUUGUAAUCUCAUGGUAUACCAUGGCUUUACUGUUAUUUAAAUAUACAAAUUGUUUUUACAUUGUUUUUAACCUUAAGUUUGCAAUGCUGAUUUUAUUUAUGUAUAUUUCUGUAAGCCAAAGAGAUUUGAAACACAGCUGUUACAUCACUGCCAAGCAUUGUUUGUAAUACCUUAUCUGUAAAUGUUUGUACUCCAAAUCACUCGGUUAGUUGAUUGUUUAUACAUGUACUAUUAAAAUCCCAUCUAUACGUUAAUUGUUUAUACUCCAUAAUAACUCAUCCCUCAGCUGAAUGUUUAUACCAUUUAUAUUUGAUCUAUAACUUAUUUAUACUUUGAAUCACUAAAGUGUAAGUUAAUUGUUUAUACUCCGUAAUUACUCAUCCCUCAGCUGAAUGUUUAUACCAUUUAUAUUUGAUCUAUAACUUAUUUAUACUUUAAAUCACUAAGUUAAUGGUGUUCAUGUCCUUAUAGGUUCAUCAAUAUCCUAAUUGUUUGUGCAAGAUUACUGAAAGUCUUUGGUGAUUAUCUAUCUAACAAGAUCAUCCUAAUUAUUGGCUUCAGUGGUCUUAGAUAUUGUAAUACAUGUACCACGUUUUUACCAAAACCCAAAUACAUGUACCAUUACAUCAAUCACAAAAAAAAAUCUCAUUGAAAUCCAUUGCAGGUUUGUCAGAAGUAAAAACCCUUAUUGAUCAUCCAUUACCAGUUUGAUGUGAUUAAAAUCAAAUUAUAAAACUUCAAACAUCAGUCUAUUGUAUCAGAAACAAACAAAAAUCAUUGAGUUUACAUUGUCAGUCUGUUAUAUCGUAAAGAGUGAUCUCACCGACAUCUGUUACGAUCAGUCACAAAUGGAGUUUAGUUUGCUGUGUUACUCACUCCCAUCUAUAUCUGUGUUCUGAUUUGAUAUUUUCAUUUCUGUUUGUUGCAAUAAUCACAUCAUGUCAUAAUAUUUUCAUACCUGGCCUACAAUCAUGAAAAUAUUUCAGUUCCAUUUCAAAAUGUGAUUCAUACAUAACCGGUACAUGUACAGGUAUUAUAGUAAAUAUUUUAAACUUUUUUCCAAAUAUAUAUAUAUUUUUAACAUAUGAAAUUUGGACUUGGGUCUAAGACUGUUUUAUGAGCCUGAGGUCACAUAGAACAGAUAUAUUGUUGCCAAAACUCCAUUUCUUGUUCAAUGAGAGCUUCUGUUUACAUUAUACUGAUACCUGUACGAAGUUUAACCCAAUUAGCCAUGGCCAGCUCCUUCACUUGAAAUGUGUGUGUAAAAUGAAUGUUUGUUUAAUGUUUUGGAUGAGUCUGUGUGCCUGUACUGGUCUUUUGGACUGUCAUUAUCAGUCUCUCUUACCCAGAUAUACAAAUAUGAUUUAGUGUGUGGAUGAACUUGUGAAGGGUCAUAGAAAUAAUAUAAUGUGGUUGGACAAUACAUUGACAUAGAUAUUUAUUUUUCAUGUUUUUUACAAAAUUUAAAAUAAUAGAAGAAGAAAAAAGUUUUUUUUUUACUUGAU